AUGGAGGGCAGUCUACCCUCAGGGGACAUUAUUUUUAGCAUUUUACCUUACGCAAAGGACGGAGACCCCGCUACCAGCUUCGUAUACAGGAGACCUCUGCAGAGAGAUGUGAAGAGCCAAAAGGUGUUCUCCGCUGCUUCACGGUUGUAUGAAGAGUGCAGAAAAACGCAUGAUCAAUGCCGCUACGGCCGAGACAGUGUUCUGCCGACACGCGUAAUUGACGUUGGUACGGUCCAGUCGCCCGCUAUGAAGCUCUUCGUCAAUGACGUCGAAGAGGAAGGCAAGUACGUCGCUUUGAGUUACUGCUGGGGCGGCAAACAGCCUGGUAAGCUCGUUAAAGCUACUCUCGAACGCAUGACUGAAGAGAUAAAUAUGGACGACUUCGAGCAGACGGUCAGAGAUGCGGUAGUAGUCACGCGAAAGCUCGGCUUCCGGCAUCUCUGGGUCGAUGCAUUCUGCAUCAUUCAGGAUUGCGUCCAAGACAAAGAGAAGGAAAUUAGCGAAAUGGCUCUGGUCUACAAGAAUGCUGCGGUCAUGAUUGCGGCCGGAACCGCAGCGAAAGCUCAAGAUGGGUUUCUUGAAAUGAAGGGGACGUACUUGCCUGAAGCUAAGUUUUGCAUUCCCAUGUCGAGCGGCUUAGGAACUGUCUACCUCCGAAGUGGUACACAUAUACCCAAGCAUGCCAUAGACACACGCGGGUGGGUUCUUCAGGAGUUCAUGCUCUCGUCAAGGAUGUUGUUCUUCUCGGAAUAUGAGUUGCUGUGGCAGUGUAAGGAAAUUGAGUUGCGGGGUGUCACUGCUGAUGGUUUGGAGUACUUGCAACCGUUGGAAAGUCUGCCCUGGUUGGCUUUCAAUGAUGAGGCAGGGUCAAUCUUUGGGGUUCAAGAGGAGGAGCAGAGGUAUAUCUGGAUGACUGUGGUGGAACAGUACUCGCGCCGCUUGUUGGGUGAAGCUGACGACAGGCUUAACGCUUUGAAGGGCAUCACACUAGAGCUUGAGGGCCUGUGGCGAGAUGGGAAUACUUUCGGGCUAUGGAAACGAUGGUUCAUUGAACAGCUAACUUGGUCUAAGAAAAGCUGCGACGUAGACAGGGAUGCGGAAAGGAAGAGAUCGAACCGGGCACCAUGUUGGUCUUGGGCUUCCCUUAAUGGGCGGAUCCGGUACACUGGCUUGCUCACAACGGAGUUUGCCAAGGUCCGGAGUAUGACUCUCUUGGAAGAACGUACCAAACCGCACAACGUGGUCUUGUCGUGCCCCAUCCUCACACUUGACGAUGUGGACGAGUCGAUGGUUGAUAAGGACGAAGAGUGGGUAACAGAAUAUCCUGAUUUAGCUGAUGUCUCGCUUGAGAUCGGGGACGAGGAGACCGAGUACCUUCUCUUAGGAAAAACGUUACUCGGAGACGCUGAGCUGCUCAUUGCGCUCAUGGUGGUUGAAGAUGAAGCAUCUGAUGGGGUAUACCGUCGAGUUGGGCUGGCAACAUUCACAGAUAUGAAUGUCUUGAAUAGCGCAAAGAACAGGGCCGUUACGCUUAAGUAG